AUGAAUAGAUUUCGCGAUGACCAUUCAAAGUACCGAUUCAAAAGGCCCAUGUUCGCGGCAUCCGAGGAUAUUGAAAUGAGAUUUCUCAUUCCAAACGCGGUCGCUGGUGCAGUUAUUGGUAAAGGUGGAUCGAAUAUAAGUAAACUUAGGUCGGACUACAAUGCCUCAGUCACUAUACUGGAUAGUACGAGUCCCGAACGAAUUCUCACUAUCAAAGCAAAGGGCAAAACAUUUUUUCGGGUGUUCGGCAAAGUAUUGGACAAAAUACGAAUAUAUGACAAGCCUCGUAUUCCUCGAGAGGUCGACGUCAGACUAUUAGUGCACAGGAGUCAAGCUGGAUGCAUUAUUGGAAAACGAGGUGAUAUGCUGAAACUACUCCGGCAAACAGGAUGCACGAUCAAGGUUUACACAUCAUGCUGUCCCAUGAGCAAUGACCGAAUUGUGCAAGUCAUUGGAAAACCCAACAAAAAUAGUAUGUGCUUUCGAAAAAUAUGGGAACAAUUGAGAAACCAACCGAAAUUUGGACAGGAAUACCCGUACCAUCCUAACAACUACGUGGAAAAUCACUUCAUGUUUUACGGUGGUUAUGGAAGUGACGCUGCUGUUGCCAGACCGAAAAUAAUGCCAGGUGCAAAUAUGAAUUGGCCAAUUCCCGGACCUCUACCAGGCGGGUCCGGCCAAACCGGAUACGCUGCUGUUGCCGAACCGAAAGUAAUGCCAGAUGCAAUUAUGAAUUGGCCAAUUCCCGGACCUCUACCAGGCGGGUCCGGCCAAACCGGAUACGCUGCUGUUGCCGAACCGAAAGUAAUGCCAGAUGCAAUUAUGAAUUGGCCAAUUCCCGGACCUCUACCAGGCGGGUCCGGCCAAACCGGAUACGCUGCUGUUGCCGAACCGAAAGUAAUGCCAGAUGCAAUUAUGAAUUGGCCAAUUCCCGGACCUCUACCAGGCGGGUCCGGCCAAACCGGAUACGCUGCUGUUGCCGAACCGAAAGUAAUGCCAGAUGCAAUUAUGAAUUGGCCAAUUCCCGGACCUCUACCAGGCGGGUCCGGCCAAACCGGAUACGCUGCUGUUGCCGAACCGAAAGUAAUGCCAGAUGCAAUUAUGAAUUGCCCAAUUCCCGGACCUCUACCAGGCGGGUCCGGCCAAACCGGAUACGCUGCUGUUGCCGAACCGAAAGUAAUGCCAGAUGCAAUUAUGAAUUGGCCAAUUCCCGGACCUCUACCAGGCGGGUCCGGCCAAACCGGAUACGCUGCUGUUGCCGAACCGAAAGUAAUGCCAGAUGCAAUUAUGAAUUGCCCACCUCCCGGACCUCUACCAGGCGGGUCCGGCCAAACCGGAGACAGUCCCGUUAUCAAAAGCGAAGGAACGGGCGGAGAAGUUGGUGAAUUCGACAGUCUAAAAAGAGAAUACGACAAUGGUGGUGUUCUAGAGUUCACUGAUCACGGAAGCCAAAUCUUCAAUCAGCUAGCUUAA